AUGGACAAUCCCCCGCGUCAACAAUCCCCUCAGCCAAACAUACACACAGAGUUUUUUGGGCCCGGCAAUCAUCUGUAUAGGAACUAUCACAUGGGUCUCGAUGGCAGACCAUGUAAUGCAGAUGGUAUAUAUCUUCCCCCUGGUGCUCCCCCUCCUCCUCCUGAGAAUAUCAACCGACUGUUGGACUUAUGGGCAUCUACCCUCGCAAAGCACAACGACAAGCCACCAUUUGCAGAUCAUCGUGAUCUUUAUGAGGUCAUUGAUAGUUCGCCAUUUGGAGAUGUAAAAUGGCAAUGUUUCACAGUAGCCUAUGAUGGUGAGAGACCCAAGAAUCCAAAGCCCUGGAUGGACAAUAAGUAUGAUGUGUGGUUCCGUGACCCACAUGAAGUUGUACACGAUAUGCUUGCCAAUCUGACAUACGCUAAUGAAUUCGACUACCGCCCAUAUCAAGAAUACUCCACGGAGAACGAUAAGCGCCAGUGGAAAGAUUUUAUGUCAGGCGAUUGGGCCUGGGACCAGGCGGACAAUAUCGCUAAAGAUCCGAACACAAUUGGUUCAACAUUCAUCCCUAUCAUCCUCGGUAGCGACAAAACAACUGUUUCGGUCAGUACAGGGAAUAACGAGUAUUACCUGCUUUAUGCAUCAAUCGGGAAUAUUCACAACAAUGUUCAACAAGCCCAUCGUGAUGGACUGGCGAUCAUUGGGUUUCUCGCUAUGCCAAAAACCACAAAAGAACAUGCUGACGAGCCAGCCUUCCAAAAUUUUCAUCGACAAUUAUUUCACUCAUCACUCUCAAAGGUUCUCAGUUCACUCAAACCAGGCAUGACAACACCCGAAGUCACACGUUUUGGAGACAGACACUACAGGCGGGUUGUUUAUGGACUAGGACCUUACAUCGCAGACUAUGAGGAGCAAGUACUAUUAACAUGUAUCAUUCGCGGUCGGUGUCCUAAAUGUAUGGCACCUCAUGCUAAUCUCGAUCAAGACACACUGUGUCGUUGUCGUGACUACGUGGAGGCACUUAUUCAAGAAGGUCCCUUAGGUGAUUUGUGGAAUGAUGCAGGGAUAGUCCCGGAACUCGUACCAUUCACGAAUGACUUCCCCCGAGCUGAUAUAUAUCAGAUGAUUUCACCCGAUAUCCUCCAUCAACUCAUCAAAGGGGCCUUCAAGGACCACCUUGUUGAAUGGGUUCAUCUGAAACGACGCGCAGAGCAAAUUUUAGAUGAUAUCAAUCACAGAAUUGCCACUGUGGGCUCAUUUUCAGGCUUGCAGCGAUUCCCUCAGGGACGUGGCUUCAAGCAAUGGGCGGGAGAUGAUUCCAGGGCCCUGAUGAAGGUCUAUUUACCCACCAUUGAGGGUCAUGUACCUACCAAUAUUGUGCAUGCCUUCCGCGCACUUCUCGAAUUUUGUUACCUCGUUUGCCACAAUAUCAUCACAGAUGAUGCCCUAGUCGAGAUCGAAGAUGCACUCUCACACUUUCAUCAAUACCGCGAAAUCUUCAAGACAUCAGGCGCUAUUCCCACCUUAUCAUUACCUUUCGAAUUCACACAUCAAGGGAUGUUAACUGGCACUUGCCUCUCAGCAGCCAUGAACACCUUAAGUAACAUUGACGGGGACCUCGAAAUUGAUGACGGACCAACCAUUUUACAAGCCUUUGUGCAGCUGGUGAAAACGCCCCAGGGGAAAAAGUGCGCUCAAACUGUUCCUGUGCUUGCUGAAGAACUCCAGAUACCUCGCCUUCCUGACCUCCUUGGACACUUUUUGUUCCAACAAUUACAUCCUGACGAUGACCACGACCCAUCUGACAUACCCCUCGCGGAAUGUCCUCACUAUCUCAACAAAAUCUCGGUUUUCAAUUCAGCCUCAUCACGCUUCUAUGUGCCCAGUGAUUUGAGCAGUGUUGGUCGCAUGCGCAUUGAGCACAUCCGCUCUUGUCCAUCCUGGCGCAACAAACACUCGCACCAUGAUUGUGUCUUUGUAAACAUGGACUCCGGUUGCCCGAAUUCGCGCUUUUUCUCAUUCAGCUACCAGAGUGACGUGUAUCCGUGUGCUGUGAUACAAUGGUUCGAUAAAGUCAGUGAUGCUGCAGAUGAAGACAUGGGAAUGUGGAUUGUUAGUCCUGCAGCUACUGGUGCAUCUAAGCACGCUGUCAUUCACAUCGAUGCUAUCUAUCGUGCUGCACAUCUUAUUCCCGUGUAUGGCACGGAGUUUUUUCCUCGGGGACUCAAACAUUACGACUCAUAUGAUGCAUUUCAAGCUUACUAUGUGAACAAGUAUGCUGACCACCAUGCAUUUGAGAUUGCAUUUUGA